CGGCUGUGCUACAGCUAACAGCUUUUAGGGCUAAACGGAUGUGACGUCAGAGAGGCACCGGACUACUGUCGAGGUCAAAGAAGCAAAGAUGGCGAAUGUGCUAGAAGCGACGAACCGACAACAGUUCGAAGAUUUCCUCGCGAAAGCUGGAAAAAACCUCGCGGUUGUGCAUUUCCAGGCGGCAUGGGCUCCUCAGUGCGGCCAGAUGAACGAAGUGAUGGCCGAGCUGGCCAAGGAACACGCGCACGCGACGUUCGUCAAGCUGGAGGCGGAGGCUGUUCCCGAGGUGUCUGAAAAGUAUGACAUAUCCUCCGUCCCCACGUUUAUCCUCUUCAAGGGGGGAGAGAAGGUGGAUCGGUUGGACGGGGCGCACGCUGCGGAGCUCACCAAAAAGGUUCAGGGCCUGGCAGGCAGCAGAUCCCCCCAAGGAGCCGCGGACGGCGGCGCUGGGGACUUAAACCAGCGGCUGAAGAAGCUGAUCAACGCGGCGCCCUGCAUGCUCUUCAUGAAGGGCUCCACGCAAGAGCCCCGCUGCGGCUUCAGCCGGCAGAUGGUGGCGCUGCUGAAGGAGCACAGCGUCCAGUUCAGCACUUUCGACAUCCUGUCAGACGAGGAGGUGCGCCAGGGCCUGAAGGCGUACUCCAACUGGCCCACCUACCCUCAGCUGUACGUCAAUGGAGAGCUGGUGGGGGGGCUGGACAUCGUGAAGGAGCUGGCCGAGUCUGGGGAGCUGGAGAACACCUGCCCGAAGGCCGUGACCCUGGAGCACCGCCUGAAGACCAUCAUCAACCAGAGCCCGGUCAUGCUGUUCAUGAAGGGUAACAAGGAGGCGGCGCGCUGUGGCUUCAGUAGGCAGAUCCUGGAGGUCCUGAACACCGCCGGGGUGGAUUUUGACACCUUUGACAUCCUGCAGGAUGAAGAAGUCCGCCAGGGCCUCAAGACGUACUCUAACUGGCCAACGUAUCCACAGCUCUACGUGAAAGGGGAGCUGAUCGGAGGCCUGGACAUAGUCAAGGAGCUGAAGGAGAGCGGGGAGCUGGAGUCGGUGCUGAGGGGAGAGUCGUAGAUGGACAGGGAACGAGACAUCACUGCUCAGGCCUACACCAGCUGCUGCACCUGUCAGAGGACUCACGAGACUUUCAGAUGACAUAAAGCUGCUGACUAUCCAUCCUCACCAGAGAAUCUGAAAAUCUACUUCUGUUCACUGCAAAUUCCAGCCUACAAUAAAUUUCCCAUCAAAAUAGAAUAAAACUUCUAUUUUUUGCCUGUAAGCAGAAAACUGGCUGUAAUUCUCUGAUUUACAAAAGAUGUUAAAACUGGGUUUCCUUUGAAAUGAUAGAAACCUCAGUCAUUGUAGCUCACACUCAAUAAAACUCUGAGAAGCA